CCCCGGCCUUUCGCUCCCCUUCCCCACCCCGUUCCCGUUCCCUCCCCUUCGGCUGCGCGCUCUCCCGGCGAUGCGGUGAGAGGGAGGCGCCGCCGCGCUCCGUGAGGGGCCGCCGGGAGCAGCCUCCCGCGCCAGGACUUGCAGUGAAUGGAGGAGGACACUUGCUAGAGAUUUGUCAAAACAUAUCAAGUGUUUGCAGUGAGCCGAGUGGAACAGGAUCGCCAUGUUUCGAAACAGUCUCAAGAUGCUUCUUACAGGAGGGAAGUCAAACCGCAAAAACAGGUCCAGCGAUGGAGGGAACGAGGAGCCACCAGACCGAAGACAGGCAAGUGUAGACUCCCGUCAGAGCCGAGCUGGGCAAGGCACCUCCACAGAGAACGACUGUGCUUUUGAACCUGACUACGCUAUUCCUCCGCUCGCAGUGACCGAAGGUAUGCAGCACAUUCGGAUAAUGGAGGGCAUGUCCCGCUCCCUUCCAUCCUCCCCCUUACUCACACAUCAGUCUAUCAGUGUUCGGCUCCAACCUGUGAAGAAGUUGACUGCCCCUCUGAGGAAAGCAAAGUUUGUUGAGAGCCCUCGAAUCCCAGAGUCUGAGCUUGGCUCCCCAACCCUCUCUGCCCAGAAGCUGGACGUUGAUGCAUUCUGCCCUGGUGAUACUGAGCAAGAGCUGGGACCCCCUCCAUCUGUAGAUGAGGCAGCGAACACACUCAUGACUCGCCUGGGCUUCCUCCUCGGAGAGAAAGUCACGGAGGUUCAGCCAGGGCCCCAGUACAGCAUGGAGGUGCAGGACGAGAACCAGAGCUCGGCGGUGACGCAGCGCAUCAGCCCCUGCUCCACGCUGACCAGCAGCACGGCGUCGCCGCCGGCCAGCAGCCCCUGCUCCACGCUGCCGCCCGUCAGCACCAGCGCCACGGCCAAGGACUGCACCUACGGCGCCGUCACCAGCCCCACGUCCACGCUGGAGAGCAGAGACAGCGGCAUCAUCGCUACGUUGACGAGUUACUCUGAAAAUGUGGAACGUACUAAAUACGGAGGGGAAAGCAGUAAGGAGCUUGGAUCUGGGGGAAACCUGAAACAGUGGCAGUCCCAGAAAUCCAGCAUGGACUCCUGCCUGUACCGUGUGGAUGAGAACAUAUCAGCCUCCACCUACAGCCUCAACAAAAUCCCCGAGAGGAACCUGGAGACGGUCCUGUCCCAGUCCGUGCAGUCAAUUCCUCUCUACCUUAUGCCACGGCCAAAUUCAGUAGCAGCCACCAGCUCAGCCCACCUGGAGGAUCUGGCUUACCUGGACGAGCAGAGACACACGCCCCUGCGCACGUCGCUGCGGAUGCCGCGGCAGAGCGUGGCCAGCGCCCGGGCACAGCAGGACCUGCGAGUGCGCUUCGCACCCUACAGACCCCCCGACAUCUCCCUGAAGCCGCUGCUCUUCGAGGUGCCCAGCAUCACCACCGAGUCCGUGUUCGUGGGCCGGGACUGGGUGUUCCACGAGAUCGACGCGCAGCUGCAGAGCUCCAACGCCAGCGUCAACCGCGGCGUGGUGAUCGUCGGCAACAUCGGCUUCGGCAAAACCGCCAUCAUCUCCAGGCUGGUCGCGCUCAGCUGCCACGGCACGAGGAUGAGGCAGAUCGCUUCCGACAGCCCCCACGCCUCUCCAAAACAUGCGGAUGCCAACCGCGAGCUGCCCUUGGCCCAGCCGCCCUCUGCCCACCCGUCCAUCGCCAGCGGGAGCUGCCCGGGGACGCCCGAGAUGCGCCGGCGCCAGGAGGAGGCCAUGAGGAGGUUGGCCUCACAGGUUGUAGCUUACCACUACUGCCAGGCUGACAACGCCUACACCUGCCUGGUGCCCGAGUUCGUGCACAACGUGGCCGCCCUGCUCUGCCGCUCGCCGCAGUUCGUCGCCUACCGCGAGCAGCUGCUGCGCGAGCCCCACCUGCAGAGCCUGCUCAGCCUGCGCUCCUGCGUGCAGGACCCCAUGGCCUCCUUCCGAAGGGGGGUCCUGGAGCCCCUGGAGAACCUGCACAAAGAGAGGAAGAUCCCUGAUGAAGAUUUCAUUAUAUUAAUUGAUGGUUUAAAUGAGGCUGAAUUUCACAAGCCGGAUUAUGGAGACACUAUAGUAUCAUUUCUGAGCAAAAUGAUUGGAAAAUUCCCUUCCUGGCUGAAGCUGGUAGUGACAGUCAGGACAAGUCUACAGGAAAUAAUUAAGCUGUUGCCCUUCCACAGAAUAUUUUUGGAUAGACUGGAGGAGAAUGAAGCCAUCGACCAGGACCUGCAGGCGUACAUCCUUCAUCGGAUACACAGCAGCUCGGAGAUCCAGAACAACAUCUCGCUCAAUGGCAAAAUGGACAACACCACGUUUGGCAAGCUCAGUUCUCACCUCAAGACCUUGAGCCAAGGGUCCUACCUGUACCUGAAACUUACUUUUGAUCUCAUAGAGAAAGGAUACCUAGUUCUAAAGAGCUCCAGCUACAAAGUGGUCCCAGUGUCCCUGUCCGAAGUGUACCUGUUGCAGUGCAAUAUGAAGUUCCCAACACAGUCUUCCUUUGAUCGGGUCAUGCCUCUCUUGAACGUAGCAGUGGCUUCUCUGCACCCAUUAACAGAUGAACAUAUUUUUCAGGCCAUUAAUGCAGGUAACAUUGAGGGCACUUUGGAGUGGGAGGACUUUCAGCAGAGGAUGGAGAACCUUUCUAUGUUUCUUAUCAAACGUAGAGACAUGACGCGAAUGUUUGUUCACCCCUCUUUCCGAGAAUGGCUUAUUUGGAGAGAAGAAGGUGAAAAAACCAAGUUUCUUUGUGAUCCAAGGAGUGGCCACACGCUGCUUGCCUUCUGGUUUUCCCGACAAGAAGGGAAAUUAAAUAGACAGCAGACUAUCGAACUGGGACAUCACAUCCUCAAAGCACAUAUUUUUAAGGGUCUGAGUAAAAAAGUCGGGGUAUCUUCCUCCAUCCUGCAAGGGCUUUGGAUCUCCUACAGUACUGAAGGUCUCUCAAUGGCUUUGGCAUCUCUGAGAAAUCUCUACACGCCGAACAUAAAGGUCAGCCGGUUGCUGAUUUUAGGAGGCGCAAACGUGAACUACCGGACGGAAGUUCUCAACAACGCCCCCGUGUUGUGCGUCCAGUCCCACCUGGGCUACGCGGAGAUGGUGGCUUUGCUCCUGGAGUUCGGCGCCAACGUCGACGCCGCUUCGGAGAGCGGCCUGACCCCGCUGGGCUAUGCGGCUGCCGCCGGCUUCCUGAGCAUCGUGGUGCUGCUGUGCAAGAAACGGGCCAAGGUGGAUCACUUGGACAAAAACGGGCAGUGUGCCCUGGUGCACGCCGCUCUCAGGGGACACUUGGAGGUGGUGAAGUUCUUGAUCCAGUGCGACUGGAGCAUGGCCGGGCAGCAGCAGGGAGUGUUCAAGAAGAGCCACGCAAUCCAGCAGGCGCUGAUCGCCGCCGCCAGCAUGGGCUACACCGAGAUCGUCUCCUACCUGCUCGAUCUUCCAGAAAAAGAUGAAGAGGAGGUGGAGAGAGCACAGAUCAACAGUUUUGACAGCCUUUGGGGAGAGACAGCUCUGACGGCGGCGGCGGGGCGCGGGAAGCUGGAGGUGUGCAGGCUGCUCCUGGAGCAGGGCGCCGCCGUGGCGCAGCCCAACCGCCGCGGGGUCGUGCCGCUCUUCAGCGCCGUCAGACAGGGACACUGGCAGAUCGUGGAUCUCCUGCUCACGCACGGCGCUGACGUGAACAUGGCAGACAAGCAGGGCCGGACGCCGCUGAUGAUGGCCGCGUCCGAGGGACACCUGGGCACCGUGGAGUUCCUGCUUGCACAAGGUGCCUCCAUUUCUCUGAUGGACAAAGAAGGCUUGACAGCCCUCAGCUGGGCCUGCCUCAAGGGCCACCUGCCCGUGGUGCGUGCCCUGGUGGAGAACGGAGCUGCCACGGACCACGCGGACAAGAACGGCCGCACGCCGCUGGACCUGGCGGCGUUCUACGGCGACGCCGAGGUGGUUCAGUUUCUGGUGGACCAUGGGGCCAUGAUCGAGCACAUUGACUACAGCGGGAUGCGGCCCCUCGACAGAGCAGUGGGCUGCCGCAACACCUCGGUCGUCGUCACCCUCCUGAAGAAAGGGGCAAAGAUAGGUUGUCAGACGUUACCGAGUCGCCCACGAGGUCCAGCAACCUGGGCAAUGGCAACCUCCAAACCAGACAUCAUGAUCAUCCUGUUGAGCAAGCUGAUGGAGGAGGGAGACAUGUUUUAUAAGAAAGGUAAAGUGAAGGAGGCUGCCCAGCGCUACCAGUAUGCUCUGAAAAAAUUCCCCAGAGAAGGGUUUGGAGAAGACCUGAAAACCUUCCGUGAGCUGAAGGUGUCGCUGCUCCUCAACCUCUCCCGCUGUCGAAGGAAAAUGAAUGAUUUUGGAAUGGCGGAGGAAUUUGCCACUAAAGCGCUGGAGCUGAAACCGAAAUCUUACGAAGCUUACUAUGCAAGAGCAAGGGCCAAACGCAGCAGCAGGCAGUUUUCAGCAGCCCUGGAGGACCUGAACGAGGCCAUCAAGCUGUGCCCUAACAACCGCGAGAUCCAGCGGCUGCUGAUGCGGGUGGAGGAGGAGUGCAGGCAGGUGCAGCAGCAACAGCAGCAGCAGCAGCCGCCACCGCCGCUCCCAGCGGAGCCAGAACCCGAAGCCCAGCACGAAGAGCUGUAUUCCGUGCAAGAUAUCUUUGAGGAGGAAUACCUCGAGCAGGAUGUAGAAAACGUUUCCAUUGGCUUGCAGACAGAGUCCAGGCCAAACCAAGGGCUGCCCAUCAUCCAGAGCCCACCCCCAUCUCCAGCUCACAGGGACUCCGCUUAUAUUUCCGGCUCGCCUCUUGGCUCUCAUCAGGUCUUUGAUUUCAGGUCCAACAGCUCUGUGGGCUCGCCGACCAGGCAGGGGUACCAGUCCACGUCUCCUGCUCUGUCUCCAACACAUCAAAACUCGCAUUACCGGCCCAGUCCUCCGCACACGUCCCCAGCUCACCAGGGCUCCACUUACCGCUUCAGCCCCCCUCCUGUGGGCAGCCAAGGGAAGGAGUAUCAGAGCCCGCCGCCGUCUCCCCUCCGCAGAGGCCCCCAGUACCGCGCCAGUCCCCCCGCAGAGAGCAUGAGCGUUUACAGGUCCCAGUCGGGCUCCCCGGUGCGUUACCAGCAGGAACCCAGCGGGGUCACGCAGCUCCCCGGCAGACCCAAGUCUCCUCUGUCCAAGAUGACGCAGAGAUCCUUCCAGAUGCCGCAGCUGCCCGUGGCCGUGCCGCAGCCAGGGCUGAGGCUGCAGCCAGCCAAGGCGCAGAUCGUGAGGAGCAAUCAGCCCAGCUCUGCCGUCCAUUCCAGCACCGUCAUCCCGACCGGCGCGUACAGCCAGGUCGCCCACUCGAUGGCCAGCAAGUACCAGUCGUCGUCAGGGGACGUGGGGGUCAGCCAGAGCCGGCUGGUCUACCAGGGCUCCAUCGGGGGCAUCGUGGGGGACAGCAGGCCCGUGCAGCACGUGCAGGCGAGUCUCAGCGCCGGGGCCAUCUGUCAGCACGGAGGGCUGGCCAAAGAAGACCUUCCCCAGAGACCGUCCUCAGCGUACAGAGGGGGGAUGAGGUACGGCCAGACACCUCAGAUCGGGCGAAGCCAGUCCGCCUCCUAUUAUCCGGUGUGCCACUCGAAGCUUGACCUGGAGCGUUCUUCCCUCCCCGCCAACCAGCUGGGCUCUCCAGAUGUGUCUCAUCUCAUAAGAAGGCCCAUCACAGUCAAUCCCAGUGAAAUCAAGCCUCAUCCACCGACUCCAAGGCCUCUGCUCCACUCUCAGAGCGUUGGCCUGCGCUUCUCCCCUUCCAGCAAUAGCAUCUCCUCCACCUCCAACCUGACCCCCAACUUCCGCCCCUCUGCUUCGAUUCAGCAAAUGGAGAUUCCCCUGAAGCCAGCCUACGACAGAUCGUGCGAUGAGCUGUCUCCGGUCUCGCCCACGCAGGGGGGCUACCCCAGCGAGCCAGCCCGCUCCCGGACCACGCCGUUCAUGGGAAUCAUCGAUAAAACUGCUCGGACUCAGCAGUACCCCCAUCUCCAUCAGCAGAACCGGACCUGGGCCGUGUCGUCAGUGGACACUGUCAUUAGUCCUACGUCUCCCGGCAAUCUGCCCCAGCCGGAAUCUUUUAGCCCGCCCUCUUCCAUCAGCAACAUUGCCUUUUAUAACAAAACCAACAAUGCACAGAAUGGCCAUUUGCUAGAGGAAGACUAUUACAGCCCCCAUGGGAUGCUGGCCAAUGGGUCCCGGGGAGACCUCCUGGAGAGAGUCACCCAAGCCUCCUCGUACCCCGAUGUCAAGGUGGCAAGGACGCUGCCCGUGGCGCAGGCCUACCAGGAUAAUCUGUACAGGCAGCUCUCCAGGGACUCCAGGCAAGGGCAGACAUCCCCAAUCAAACCAAAGAGACCAUUUGUGGAGUCUAAUGUGUAAAAGACACUUGUUGGAGUGAGACCCUCAUGUUUUCAGCACACACUUCCAAGCUUGAUUUCCAUGCAUACUAUUAUAAUUAUUAUUAUUACUAUUAUUAUUUUUAUUUCUCUUUGAUAGCUACAUGAUCGAGUUUCUCCGGUACUUUAUGUGGUGGUCAGACAGCCAUGCACGUGCUCCAGCCCUUGUGUUCCCCAGCUGACUGUGAAGCCAACAUCAGCCAAGCCAGUAUCGUUUGCCCAAUUCCAGCAAAGUUCCAACCGAGAUAUCUCAGACCAUGGUGUGGGUUGUGGUCCAGAGAUAUCCCUACGCAGCAGGAGGUAACCAGCUCUUUUUCGAGAGACAAUUGCCUUGGAUUUAAAUUUGUUUCUUUUGUCUCAAUGGUCUCUUACUCAACUCUGAUGGGAAUUCCUAGGGAAUUCCACAGGAGCCUUUCCCGAGGCUGUAUCCACAGGUCCCCCGUGCCAGCCAGGUUUGGCAAACCCUCGGUGAUGUGAUUUAACACCAGUAGCUAUGCACAGCACCCACAAUAACCCAUCCUGAUUCUGCUGGUUUACAGCACUUCCCUUCCUUAUUUAACUUGCCGUUGGAGGGGUGGGGAUCACAGAGCACUUUGUUGCUUUCCAAGUAUCUACCAGGUGCCCUCACACUGACUUCUGUGCUCUGGGGCAUUGUACGAGCAUUGAGGGAUUCAGGUUGGCCCUUUAUUAUGUGUUUUAAUCAGCCAAGGGAAUUAGCCAGGAGCCUCUUGUUCAUGAACUGAGAUUGCACCGACUUCUUCACACAGUUGGCAGACUGCACCCCACCCACAGCGUUUGCACGGGACGAGUUAGCGUUGGGGACUUCAUCUGGGGGGUAUUUAUCACUUGCAAGGAAGAGCAAAAAUCUGACUUAGGAAAUGGUAUUCGAAGAGGAGAAUUGCAAUUCUUAAUUUGUUGGGGUGUUUUGGUUUUGGUUUUUUUUACAUUUUUUUAUGACAAGGACGUAGAACAUGGCACGAUGGUCCCCAAAAGAGGAAGGGUCUUUCUGCAGUCCCAGCCCUGCAGCAUCCCUUCCCUCUGGCUCAGUCCUGCCAGGGAGCAGGGGCUGUAGCAAGGGCAACGCUCCUCUGAGAUCCUCUGUUCCCAAAAUCCUGGAAAGGGACACCGUGUUCCAUAUCUGUACAUGGUAAAAACCAUGUGUUGUUUUUUUGAGAAGCUGUGGUUAAGAGAGACCUAUUUAUAAUUUAUUUAUGUUAUCUAUUUCAGGACAUUUUCCAGUUUGGGUUGGGUUUUUUCUAUUAUUUUCGGUUUUGUAAUCAAACGCAAGUCACAUCAAGACAACCUGAAAAGCAGGGGCCGGUUCCAAAAUCCAUUUUUAUAGGAUUUUCAAUAAUUUUUCAAUUACUUUGCUGAAAAUUUCUUUUGAGGUGGGGGGCAAGAACUCCUUCAGCGAUCCCUUUAUUCCCUGGUGGGUUUGCAAUCUGCCUUCUCUGUUCUGAGGGCGAAGGGUGGGAUGACGGGAGGGAGAGUGAUAACGCUGUAGCUUGUUUUAAAGCAAACUCUAGUGCCUGUUGCCCAAUGCCGAAACCUCACUCAUAUCAACUCUUGAGAGCGAUUCAGUGCUGAGCAGGGGAGCGAUACCUCCAAAGGGCUACUGCCAAUCGAUUGCAAGACUCCUUGAACCAGAUCUCGGGCUCCAACCUCGGCUGGUGUGAGCGAGCAAUUCCCAGCGCCACAUCACUGCAGCUGCCCCCACUCACACCAGCUCAGGACAGGGUCCAGAACUCUUUAAGCAAAUGCUGGCUUUGAUGGGGCUUUUUGUUUUGUUUGGGGUUUUUUUGUUGUUUUUUUUUUUCCCUGUGUGUGGCUCAGCACAUGUUACUGCUGUUUCAUUGCCUAAUUUGCUCAGAGCAAGCUGGGACGUGCGCACCUCGGGCCAGGGGAGGCUUGUGUCAUAGCUACAUGGAGAUUGGAAGGGAGGGGUUCCUCCAUGAGUUCUGGCGAUUUUGGGGCUCUCUCGGGCCGUUUGGUCUUUGUCAAAACCCAGUAUUUGGAUUCAGGUUGGCGUUUUCUUCCUUGAGGUGCAACCCAGUGCUGACUCUUUGCUUUAUCCCAGGGCUCUGUAAAAUGGGGGGCUGGCUGGGACCCCCUUCAGUGGGGCGGGUACCCCAUGGGGACACCCAGCUGAGUCUGUCUCCUUGCAAAAGGGCUGUGACGGUUUCCUUUCGUCCUCUCAUUUUUGAAAUAACAUGCUCUGUGUCCUAAGGAACAACCGAUUUCUCCUCCGCAUCCCACACGCCCAUAGCUGGGAGACGUGUCCUGGGUCUGGAGCGGCAUCAAUCACUUCGCUUAGUGCCUCCCAUCCUCCAGCUUUCUGCCUGAGUGGCUUCCUACCUUCAGUUGCUUCUUUGAAGGGAUAAAGCAGCCCAGCUGAGCGCUGUCCCUGUUUUGUCUGGCCCAGUGAGGCGCGCUGCGCCCGCGGCUGGCUCCUCUCCGCUGCGCCGCCGCCGGGGCGUUCCAGGAGCAGUGACAGGAGAACUGCCCGUGCUUUGCACUCGCCACUCGCUGCCUUGUGCUCCCACUCCUGUCCUUCCAAACAUCCCCCCCCCCGCAGCGCUCCUGUGUGCGUAACUUUUCAGUUCCUGAAGAUGUUUUAAGGGAAAAGGAAAACAGCUCACGCUUUUGACACAACCACAAAGCUGAAGAAGGCUUGAAACGCUGCAGCAUGCAGGUUUUUUUUCACGGCUCCACGUGUUACAUUUUCCACAGGAUUCUUGCACUAAUGGUUUUCCAUCUGUUCUCUCUGUAAAUUGGGUGCACUUUACUGUUUGAAUUUGUUACUAUGAUAAAUACUGGAUAUUUAAGCGUGAGUAGUGUCUUCAUUAGAAAAAUAGCAAAGCAGCUCAUGUCUCGUAGUGUAUUUUUCAAAGAGAAAAAAAAAAAGAAGAGAAAAGAAAAGAAACGAAGCAAUGAAUCAUAACAUUUAUAGCACAAGAACUGACUCCUGUAUAUAAGCAUCAACAGAUUGAGUAAUUUUUGAAUACAAAAUUAUUUGCAGUGGUUUUAAAGCACUUCCCCGGCAAUUCUGUUAGGAACAGUCGAGGCAGGAUGGCUGCUGUGGUCACCAGGUGGGUAAGACACACAUUUCUCCCUGGAAGAGCUGUUCUUGCUCAGUCCCCUAUGUCUUCAAAGUCGUGAUUUGGUCUUUGCACGAGGAGAAGCAGAGGUCAUUCUGUGUUGUGCUGGCAUGGCCCCCGUCGUGCUUGGGGGAGCACAAGGUCAGAUCUCACCCUGAGGACCCUUCAUCCUCUCCUCUUAGAUCUAGGUCUGACAAGUCCAGGCCACACUGUGCGAUCACACUCAGUUUCAGACACUGAGCCAUCCUGUACGUCUGUGCUACGUAUUUAAUUACUUUUUGAGUAAUUAAGAUGCAGGACGAUGCUGGCAGCUGGUGCCUUCAUGCCCUCCCAGCUGCAGUGGUGCCACUGGCAAGCCCCAUCUUGGAGCAAGUAGGAUUUUGGGUCCACCGAGUAAAGCAGGUUCUUGAUGACAUUGAAACUCUGGUUUUCGUUCUUGGGGUGCGUGGGGAAGGCGAUGCCAAAGGUGAUGCUGAAGCUGACCCCUUUCUUCAGCCAGCCUUCCCACCAGGUGUCUCUCAUCCUCACCUGUGGCUGUUCCGAGACCCAGGUGUGCUGCACAGAGCUGGAAUCUUCUCUCCCAGCAUCAGGCGUCUGCCCCAUCCCUCGGUGGGGGUUCCGUGGCUCUCGCUUUUCUCCCAGGUCAGGAGGAUGCUGUGGUCCCAGGGGAGGGGACACUCACGUGGUGGGGGGCUCUGCAGGGUGCCCCCAGCCAGGCUGGGAGUGGCAUCAGAGGGCUUUGGAUGUGGUCUUGAGUGGGCAUCAAAGCGCUUAGGAAAAGGAGGGUUUUACAGAGAUCCUUUGAGAUCCGUCUCCAAAGAAGGCGCAGCCUGAGCUGCCUUCUCUGUGUCGCUGUUUGGGAGGACUGCGAUGGCUCCAACAGUCUGAGACGUGUGUCCGUCCGUCCGUCUGUCUGCUGUGGCGCCAGUGCCCAGCUGGGUCUGUCCAAGCACUGAAACUUCUGGGUUAUUUUUCUUUAACCUGGCUGUGAAGAAAACCGUGUGGCUGGCGUGAACAUGCGUAUGCCAAACACCGGAGAGUCACGCUGGGAUCGGGUCUGGGACCAGGGUGGGCGGUAAAACCGGGAGCGAUUCGGUCUGCUUUACGAAGGUUGCUGUAUAUUCAGGGUUACCCAGGAGAAGUCUAGCUAAAACCGAAGUGCCAGCUCUGCCUUACCUAGAGAACCAAGCACGCCAGCGUGCCUGCUCGUCCUCCGCCUUCCUGGCCCGCGGGGGUCCGUAGUGAGCUGCCGCGAGCUCCUUGGUGGUUGUACUGCGCUGUAGUCUUGGGAAUUCCGGGUAACUCUUGCACUGGGGUAUCGGUGUGUACCCAAGGGCUUAGGGAAAGAGCUGCUGUACCUGCUGGGACCUCUGCACAUCAAUGCCUUCACCCCGUGCCGGCUGCGCUGGCGGGCUGCUGGGGGGUGUGUUGGACACAAAGCACAACGGUUGGAAGUGAAUCUGCGGUUUUUGGGUUGGUUUUUUUUUUUUUUCUUCCUUCAGUUUUGUGUGAAUAAUUGCUGGAUUUUCAUCCAAUCAAACUCUUUUUUCUAAUACAAACCACUAAGGGCUCAAUUCUUUAGCAAGAUGCGUUCGUGUCCAACUCUUGACUGUACAGCUGGAUCUCACCGUAACUGGUACAGACCGACCCAAGAGGUCACGGCGAGCGCGGCCAUCGCGGGGAAAGCCAACAGACACUCAGCCCACCAGCCGUAUCCUUCCUGCUGCUCAUUUUCUGGUGUCGUGGUACUGGGGAGUCGGCAGCCGGGUCCCAUCCGACGGGAUCAAAUCCCGUGGUUGUGCAAACAGAGGGCUGCUUUGCCAAAAGACUUGGUCCCUUUGGGCGAUGCUGUGGGGAGGCAGGUCAGGGUCGGGACGGGUCGGUGGGAGAGCCUCGUGCCCGUAGAGCUGGGUCCCCACAGGCCUUGCCUCGCCGUGCGCCGCUCAGCCAGCCGCUGAGAGCAGCACCGUGUGCUACGUAAAAAUCCAUUGUGCUGCUACACCGAAAACCCAGAGACUCGUGUGGACUCUGCCAGUACUGCCGGGCUCAUCCCUGUCCUUUGCCAUAGUGUUGCUCCAUCUCCUGUCUGUCUUCACAUCCAAGAGGAUCUGAGUUGGGUACAAACACGUCCACUGCACCCGCCUUGUGCUUUGUACAACUCCCCGGUUGCCAUCCUCUUGAGACACUUGCUGGGAAGAUCUUUAAGACACUUAAAUUUUCCUUUAGCUUUUCUAUAAUUCUGAUGUAAAGGACUUUCUCUCUGUACAGUAUAUUAUCCAAUGCAUGUUCUGUUCUCUCUGAUAUAUUGAACACCACACAGUUGUGAUAUUGUGCAGUGGGAAGAGCAGCCCCUGCCAACAGCAGAGGCCUUCGCCUCUCACCUCUAAGGAAAGAAGAAAACAUAUUUUUUCCUUUGCUGUAUUUGCUUGAGCAGAGUUUUCUUGUCUGUACAUGUGAGCUGUGAGAUAGAUGUGAAAAGUUCAAAAGAAUGCAUUUCCCCUCCCCAAUGUAUACAGAUUGUAAUCUGUACAAUGAAAACUGUAUGUAUGAAAAAAAAAUGUACUUAUUUAUAAAUGGUUAAC